AUGUCUAUCAUUCUUCUCCUGUUAAUGGCUGAGUUCGUCGUAGCAAAAAUUCAGUCCAAGGGCAACCUCCGCGUGUACGCGGGAGAAGACGACUUAGAUAACGAGUUCGAAUUCGCCGUCAGUCUCCAGUUCUUGGAAAACAACCUCCGAUUCUGCACCGGAAACCUCUUGGACAACAACUGGGUUCUCACCACGGGCCACUGUGUAAAAAACCGCACUCCUUACGACAUGGCGAUCAGAUAUGGUGACUUUACUCAGUUCGAAACUAACAAAAUAGCAAAAGUGUUCCAAAUAAUCAUACAUCCUAAUUUUGCUCAUAUCCACGGAUUCAAUGAUAUCGCAAUGAUAAUGACUGAUAGAAUUUCCGGAAAACCUUUCGCGAAACUCCUGGCACUGGAUUAUAAAACGUUGUUUGGACUGCCGGUCACGUUUGGCGGUUUCGGAAGAACAUCUGAACAACUGAGGCCGGAAACCCGUCAUCAGAUAUUAGAAGAGCAGCAGCACCCGCUGAAAGUCGGAAAAGGUCUAGUGAUCCCGUGCGAGUCUUACGAGCAUUUUAAGUUUAGUACGCUGUGUGUAGCUCCGAGGUGUGAAAUUGCGCAACAGGGGCGCUCGGGCGACGCCGGUGGGCCCCUGCUGUACAUAGGGCGGCUCGUCGGGAUCCAGAGGUCCAUAGUGGUCAAACGUCGUAUUAGGCUUCCCAUAACGCAGUAUAUACCCCUUUCUCUAUACGUCGCUUGGAUUCGGGACACAAUGAAGACUGCGGUAAGCUCUACUAAAACAAAUUAAUGUUUUUUUGCUUCUCCCGAAUGACGAUGGGACAGCGACGCAACAAAGGCACAUUGUUAGUGUUCAGAGAUAUUUUUAGGUAUUCAUAUAUUGACGUGUGGGCCAUUUUAUUCAAAGUUGUCCCCCCCGAAAAAAGUUGAUAUGAAAAUGAAACCGAUAGAAAUUUAUUAAAAGCUAUUUUUAUAGAUUCUUUAAUAAAUAAAUUUAUAUAAAAUAUAGAAGGUUCACUUGACUUUUAAGUAAUUAAUGAAAAAAAUAUGUUUUUGUUGAGUUGAGGAGAAGCGAGUGUUCCGUUCCGCAACCAAAUGUAAUCGCAGAUAAUGUAAAUAUAAAAGGUUUGGGAAUUUUACAAUAUGUUUCUUAUUCAUUCUAAAAUAAGAAAUGAAGAAAUUACACUUUCAUUUUCACAUAAAUGCGGACUACUAUUUUUUUAAACCCUCCGUUACUUUUAGUACAAAUUAGAGGAGAAUUUUUAAGAUUAAUAUAUAUACUGUUUCACAAGUUUAUAGGAUGCCAUCACUUGUAAUCAAUAGUUUAAACGUUACUAUUUCAAUAUAAAAUAACGGAAACGUAGUUUAAUAACAAAUUGUAUUUAAUUUUUGCAAAUAAAACUAUUUGAAACAUGGGACAGUAACGGAUCUGACUGAAUGGGUAACGGAUGAAAGCUAAGGUCUCGUCUACACUUGAACGUGGGUACCUAAGACCUCCAAAGCAUAUCGCGCAAAAUGACUAAAACAACCGGAGUGUGUAAUCUGUGAUUGAUAACCAUAUUUUAGAUGAGUUAGUUUUAAUCCCAUACGUUUUUCUUUUAUUUCCCGCAAUCAAAUUAAACUAAAACAUCACAUUAAAACCACAUGAAUACCGCUUUAUACUUCCAUUCCGAUACGUUUUUCUUUCCGCCUAUACGAAACCAACGAUCUAGUAUCGGAUCGGAAGUAACGGAACGCUACCUCCGGCGAUAUUUUACUUCAUUAUUUAUUAAAUAAUCACAAAUCUUGUUUUUAAUUGGCUUAUUUGAUUUCAAUAUUAGUGCUUUGUUUUAGGAAUCGAUGUUAAAAGGUUGCAUAUUACGUAUUUACCCGCAAAUUUGGUUUCGGAAGGUGGAAUGAGAUAACAUGAGUACGAGUACGAGCUACUUUGAUGCGUGUUUGGCGGCAACUGGCAGAUGCAAGAUGGCGGCAUUGAGUAGUUUUAAAUUAAUUUUGCCAAGCUGAAUAAAAUGCUACCAAAUGUUAGGAACUUUCUUUUAAUUUUAACAGUCAUUCUGCGGUUUCGGAAUGGAAAAUUCCACAAUUACCAGAUUCCGUCUCGGCAAAUUAUACUUAAUUUUAAAUAGUACGUUUAUUUAUUAACAUGAAAUAUUUUAUAACAUAAUAGCGUAUAACUCAAUCUUUUCAAAUUAUGCCUUCAUCAAUAUUUAGUACAAAUAGAAUAAAAUCCAUAACAAAAACGAUAUUUGACAUGGGACAGCAAAAAUUGCCCAUUUUUUGUCACAUUAUAAUUUUUAACAAAUACAUAAUUAUAAUAAAAAUUUAAAUGAAUAUUGUAAAUUACUGUCAACUAAAUUUGGGUUCGAAUAAAAAAUAGUCUUCAUUAGUUUAGACUCUUUAAAUACGCUAAAUAUUAUAUCAAAAGUAUGGGACAAGCCAAAAACGGGGUGGACAACUUUGAAAAAAAUGGCCCGUGUGUUAUUGUUUUGAGUUGUAUUGUGUAAGGGCGUAAAAAUGUUAAUAAAAUUUUAAUCAUAA